CACACAAAUAAAAUACUAUUAAUCCAUAAAGAUUUGAUACACUUGGGCUUAUUCUAUACUAGUAGUGGAUGCUAUAGUCAAAACCAUAAAAAGCCCACGGCGCCGUUAAAAGAAUCCGUCAAAGUCAACAAAGCUAACGGUGAUCCCCGCACCAGAAGCAACGGAGAGAUCAACGGCAGUCGUUACUUGAAACCACCUGAGUCAAUUCAAGUCAAAGACACAUAUACUCCCCUUCACCCACCCAAAGGCCAAACCCUGCCCACGCGCACCUACGCACCCGAUACGCAUAAAAUCCGAUUCGCAGUCCACCCCUCACGUAUCGUUUCGGGUCCUCCAAUUUCGGGUUUCAGUUUCGGACAGUAUAAAUUGAGUAUUAACUGUUUAAAUAUCGAAACUUUACUCUCUGUCUGUCUCUCUCCCCUUGCGAAAGAAUCUGCCAUGGCUGAGAGCGCGAGCUUUGAAGCUCCGCAGGUAGGAAGUCAAGAACGACGUGAUGAGGAACCGCUUGAGGAAUUGCAGGAAUUCCACGUGGAAGAUGAUGAGGUAGAAGAAGAGGAGAAGAGUGGACACAGUGAGUCACAGCCACUCGGUGAGUCGCGGGAACUCGUUGAGCUGCCGAGUACUGAAGCGGAGGUGAGAGAGCCUCAAUCGGAAAACUUAGAAUCGCCUUCUACGGUUUCUUCUUUCCCGGAGAACGGUCAUUGUGCGGGUUUACGGGUGAAUUCUGCUCCAGAAUUCCAUGAGGCAGCCGAAUUGAAGGAGCAAAUUGAAGCGACCCACCAGAAAGCUUUGGGAAGUGUUAUGGCUUCUGAACCUCAAAUACAAAGAAAGCUAAAGUCAUCUGCUUGUCCUGCUCCCUUGUCGGAGCUGUCACCAACUUCUGUUACACAAUGUAUAUCUUCUGCUCAAAGUCCAACAUUGGCAGAAGAAAGACUUUCAAUGCCGAAGGUUGAUAGCUUUUGCACACCUGUAACAAUUAAACCGAAGUCUUCAGAUGUUAAAACUUUAUCUGUUGUUCCGAUCGUUAAAACUUCGGUUUCGGAUGGUUACAACUGGCGAAAAUAUGGUCAAAAACAAGUUAAGAGUCCCAAAGGCUCUCGAAGCUAUUACAAGUGUACUCAUUCUGACUGCAGUGUGAAGAAGAUUGAAUGCUCUGAUCACUCAGGUCAUGUAAUAGAGAUUGUUAAUAAAGGAAUGCAUACUCAUGAUCCUCCAAAGAAGUGUAAUAGCACCAGAGAAAACAGACUUCCAGUAUCUCCUACCCCGGCUUUGGCAAAUAAUGUCAUGGAGCAUCCUAUUGGAAUGCCUACUGAUUCAGAUCCAUCCACUUAUUUGAGACGACCUGCAGAGCACACAAGUACCAUACCUGAAAGAAAACGACAGAACUCAAGUGGCUUCGAGAGGAAUGGUGAAAGUCAAGUUAAGGAGGAGCAGGUUAAUGAGCCAGAGUCAAAACGGAGAUUGAAAAAAGACAAUUUGGUGUGUUCAGAUUCUCUACUAAAACCUGGAAAAAAACCAAAGCUUGUUGUGCAUGCAGCAGGUGAUGUGGGUAUCUCGGGUGAUGGAUACAGAUGGCGCAAGUAUGGACAGAAAAUGGUGAAAGGAAAUCCCAAUCCCAGGAACUACUACAGAUGCACUUCUGCUGGAUGUCCUGUCCGUAAGCACAUUGAAACCGCUGUAGAUAACACAAAUGCUGUUAUUAUUACAUAUAAAGGAGUGCAUGACCAUGACAUGCCCGUGCCAAAGAAGCGACAUGGCCCACCCAGUGGUCCUCUUGUUGCUGCUGCUUCUCCUGCUGCUAUGAACAACAAUGUGCAGUUGAAGAAAAGUGACUCCUUACAAAACCAAAGAACUUCAACCAAGUGGUCUGUAGGCACUGAAGGUGAAUUAACUGGUGAGGCAUUGGACCUAGGAGGCGAGAAGGCAAUGGAAUCAGCUCGAACUCUUUUGAGCAUUGGAUUUGAAAUCAAGCCUUGUUGAGAACUCCCCGGUUUUCUCGAGUGUACCAGGAACAGAAUUAAUGGCCCCUUGUUAAUAUGGAUGAUGAUGAUCUCCAUAUGAGCGGCUUAAGUUGUGAGGUUUGACAAUUUCCUUUGGCCCUUUUUCAAGUUAUUUUUUCUUAUCUUCGUGCUUUAAUAUAUUGGUAAACCGUUGUAUAUUUGGUAUUGUACACCUUGACUUGAUAGGAUGUCCUUAAUUCUAGUGGAACAAAUAAAAUUGGCUUCCAAGUGA